AUGCCAUCAUCCUGCAAAGACAUCCGCGCCGCUCUGGCCGUCUGCCUCCAAAACUCCGACUGCGUCCUCAUUCACCGCAACACCCCGGCCGAUUGCCUCCGCCAGCCCCUCUCCGACACCUUGCCCACCACCUGCCUCCAACUCAAGCGCGGCUACGGCGAGUGCAAGCGCGGCAUGAUCGACAUGCGAAAACGCUUCCGCGGGAACAAACCUAUUGCCGUUUCCACCGAGCUUGAGGCUGGA